GUUUUGGAAAGGGACUGUAAGUUAGACACAAUUACAUCGUUUUCUGUGGAGCUGCCUGGAAUGCACUUACUUUGUAGCUAUUUUCUUACUUUUGGGAAGUAGGACAAAGGAAGACCUGGAGUUUACUGCUGUGUGACUUAGUGCAUGUAGCCUGUGCUUGCUUGUCUCUUACCCAGUUAUUAGAGCUUCCUGACUCUGUUGAGAUGGACUAGAUUCAUAGCAUCAGUGCAUUCUCUGCCUCCACUGCACCCUUUCAGAUAACUUAUUUUCAAUACUGAAGAAUACUGGAUCAAUAUAGAGAAAUAAGGAAUUGUUUUUUUUGUACAAAGGAAAGGUUUUUCUCCACCCUUUUUCCAAGUGGUUUUAUUCUUCCUCUUAUGUGAAAUAGGCUCCUCCAAACUGGAAUAAUGUCUUUAUAUGGGUGCAGAGGCUCCUGGUUACCAGUGCUGCUUGGUGUUGUGAGUGUGCUGGUGGUGCUGACAGCUGGUAACGCUGGGCACAACCAGGACAGGGGGGAGACUGGAUCAUCCUGCUUCGGGAGCUUUGACCUCUACUUUGUUCUGGACAAAUCUGGGAGUGUGCAGCACCACUGGAUUGAAAUCUAUCACUUUGUGGAACAUCUGGCUCAUAAGUUCAUAAGUCCACAGCUGCGCAUGUCCUUCAUUGUGUUCUCCACUGAGGGAAGGAUUUUGAUGCGGCUCACAGAGGACAGGGAGCAGAUUCGCAAAGGUCUGGAGGAGCUCCAGAAGGUACUUCCAGGUGGAGACACCUUUAUGCACGAGGGCAUCCAGAGGGCCAGUGAGCAGAUAUAUUAUGGAAACUCAGAAGGAUACCGUACUGCCAGUGUCAUCAUAGCUCUCACAGAUGGAGAGUUGCAUGAGGACCUCUUCUACUAUGCUGAGAGAGAGGCCAACCGCUCGCGAAGUCUGGGUGCCUCCGUAUACUGUGUGGGGGUGAAGGACUUCAAUGAGACACAGCUGGCAAAGAUUGCUGAUAGCAAGGACCAUGUAUUCCCAGUGAACGAUGGCUUUGAAGCACUGCAGGGGGUCAUUGAUUCGAUAUUAAAGAAGUCCUGUAUUGAGAUCCUGGCGGCUGAGCCCUCCAGUAUCUGUGCAGGAGAAACGUUCCAGGUGGUGGUGAGAGGAAACGGCUUCCUCCAUGCUCGGAAUGUCCAUAAGGUCCUGUGCAGUUUCCGAAUCAACGACACACUCACCAAGAGUGUGAAGCCAUUAAUAGUGGAAGAUACGUAUCUCCUCUGUCCUGCACCCAUUCUCCAGGAAGAGGGAAUGGCAGCCAACCUCUAUGUCAGCAUGAAUGAAGGUCUCAGUUUUAUCUCCAGUUCAGUCACCAUUACAACAGUGGGCUGUUCUGAUGGAACCAUCCUGGCCAUCGCCCUGCUCAUCCUCAUGCUGCUUUUAAUCCUCAUGAUUCUCUGGUGGUUCUGGCCUCUUUGCUGCACUGUGAUUAUCCAUGAGCCCCCACCAGCAGUAGUGGAAGACAGUUCGGAUGAGGAAGAAGAUGGGAUGCCUAAGAAGAAGUGGCCCACGGUCGAUGCCUCCUACUAUGGGGGCAGAGGUGUGGGUGGAAUCAAAAGGAUGGAGGUGCGUUGGGGUGAGAAAGGCUCUACUGAGGAGGGAGCCAAACUGGAGAAGGCAAAGAAUGCCAGGGUGAAAAUGCCUGAGCAGGAGUUCAUACAGUCCCCCACCCGCAUUCUCAAUAAUGGCAUGCGCAAGCCUCCAGGUCCUCACAAGUGGUACUCACCAAUCAAGGGCAAAUUGGACGCUCUGUGGGUGUUGCUGUCGAAAGGCUAUGACCGCGUGUCUGUGUUGAGACCACACCCAGGAGACAAGGGCCGAUGCAUGAACUUCACCCGGGUCAAGUUCAAUCCUCCUCCUUGCUACCCCCACUACAACCAUCACUCAGCCCCCAUCUACACCCCUCCAAGAGGAUCUAGUCCACCACCUCCCCAAGGCAUGCUCCCCCCUCCCCCCAACAGCCCCCCAGCAUCCCCUUCACCAUCCUCUACCUCCACACUGCCCUCAACACCCCCUCCUUUUUUUACCAUUACACCUCCACCUUACACUCCUCCUCCAACUCGAGCCCUUCCUCCAACCACUCUGUAUAUACCCCCUCCUAUGUGCCCCCCCUCCCCUCCACCACCUGCAUCCCCAACCGGCGCUCUACCCCCUCCACCAGGACGAGGCUCCCUGCCACCACCUCCUACCCGCCCACCACCAUGCCCAUCUGUAGAUCCUCAGUAGUGAUUGGAAGAGAGAGGGACACGGGAUGACUAGGACAAAGAAGAUCAACAGGAAUUUGUCCUGUUUCCCCUAAAUCUUUGACUGUCCCCUCAUUCCACUGCCAGUCAGGAUAUCUGUGUGGCUCACACCACAAACAACCAGCUGAUGACUUGUCAACUAUUUGUCUACAGUGGCCCAUGUACACAUCUAGGUCAACAGUACAAAGAUAAGUUGUACUUAAGGUUCUACAGACGUCUCCUGAUGGACAGCUUUCCUCAUAGAAAUACAUCUAUGUUGUCCAUAGAUGGCCAGGUCUGUUACCUUGUCAAGGUCAUGAGGGCUAAGCUCAUCUCUUCCAUUCUAGAACCAACAAGAAUGGAUGGAUAUCAUUGUGACAAAGCAAAGCCAAGUGUUGGAUGUUUGCCUCUUUUUCAAAAAAUGAAGGCUCUAGAGAGUUGGCAGAGGUAUCAUAUUCAGAAAAUAAUGGAGAGAUGUCUCCAAAAUGACAUUCCAAUAAUGUAUCAGUCUGAUUUUUAUACAUUUAAUAUUUGUUUCUCACUGACAAAUAAGUUAUUAUGAGCAGCGGAAGGAUUGUUUGCCAGUGGUAGUUUCUUUAGAGAUUAGCCAAACUAAAUCCAGUAAAUGUAACAUCUCAAUUAAUCACAAAGUCCCAGUGCCAAUCACCCUGCUGCACUGCACAAUUGUCAAGUCAAUGGCAAGUUUGCAUAAUGUCAGCAUAGAGGAUGAUUUAGUGCCUUAUUGAGCCUUUAAAUGGGCAGUGCAGUUAAUGUGAUUUUUCCAGMUUUUUUUGUAUUUUUAGUAUUCUACACUAUAAUGUCGAAAGUACACUCUGAAAUGUUGAAAAUUAUUAUAAUGUCCUUUUUGUGUAAGAACUGUUAAACUUUAUUUUAUUUUAUCUACACACCCACACGAUCAGUCUGAGCAUUUCAGUGGCAAAAGGAGGCCCAGGGAAAUAAAUGAUAAAACAUACAUUACCAGUCAAAAGCUUGGACACACCUACUCAUUCCAGGGUUUUUCUUUGUUUACU